CCUGCCACGGCCACGGGAACAUGGCUCUGAGGUUCUGCCCUUCCUGCAUUUUCCUCCUCCUCCUCCUCCUCCUCCUCCUGCCCGGCCCCUCGGCCGGGGGGAAGCUGCUGGUGGUGCCCAUGGUGGGGAGCCACUGGCUGAGCAUGAAGGAGGUGGUGGAGAAGCUGAGCCGGCGGGGCCACGAGGUGGUGGUGGUGAUGCCGGAGGUGGCCUGGCAGAUGGAGACCUCGCAGACCUACAAGGUGGUCACGUACCCGGUGACGCAGACGCUGGAGGAGCUGGACGGUUCCUUCCGUGACUAUGUGGACACCCACCUGAAGGGCCUGCCCUUCCCCCUGAACGCCCUGGAAAUGUACAGGAGCUCGGAGCACGUCUUCAGCACCUUCUUCGGCCAGUGCAAGGACCUUUUCCGCAGCCAGGAGAUCCUGAGGGCGCUGAACCAGACCGGGUUCGAUGCCGUGCUGACCGACCCCCUCUUCUUGUGUGGGGCCACUCUUGCCAACUACCUCUCCCUCCCCUUCAUGUUCUUCAUGAGGGGCUUCGGCUGCAACCUCCACUUCGAUGCCCCCCAGUGCCCAAGUCCCCUGUCCUACGUCCCACGGCUGUUCACCUUCAACUCAGACCGCAUGACCUUCCUGCAGAGGGUGGAGAACGCCCUGGUUUCCCUCCUGGAGCUCAAGUACUGCGAUGGUUACUACGCAGAAGCGCUGAAGUUCUCCUCAGAAGUCCUGCAGAGGGACGUGACCAUUAGGGACCUUGUGGACUCUGCUUCCAUCUGGCUGCUGAGGUUCGACUUUGUCUUCGAGUAUGUCAGGCCCGUGAUGCCCAACAUGGUCUUCGUUGGAGGAAUAAACUGUGCAAAGAAGAAACCCCUGAAUAAGUCCCGGGAUGGGCUGGCUCGGUCCAGCACGCUGUGGCGGCGUCGCGGCGGGACGAAGGAUGCUGCUUUCGCGGAGUUGUUCGGGGGAGGGAAGCCGUUGGCCGGGAAUUUCGCCGUAGCUGAUUUUAACCGGUUUGACUCUGUCUUUGCCAAUUCCGGCGUGGUCUGA